UCAAACAAGCUCUAAAAAUUGGUGAAUACAACACAAACGAUAAGUGCGGGUGUGGCUGGGAGCAAGCGAAGAGAGAAUAUGUCGGCAUCAUCUCACAUGCUCUACCACCUCCUCCGUCCACCUCCGCCUCAGACACCACCAUCACAGCUACUACCACCUCCCUCUUCUUUCUUUUCUUGGUUUCUCGGACUCAAACCCCGCCUCAUCUCCACCGCAACCACCACCACCACAGUAACAAGCCCUCUUUCCAAACCCCUCCUCCAAACCCCACUCCGCAAAACGACCCACUUCACCAAAUCUCCCCGUACCCUCUUCUGCCACUCUUUCUCAACUCUCACAACUUCCCCACCUCUUUCUGAUGACCCAUCUCCAUCCUUACAACACCAAGAAGAAGAAGAAGAAGAAGAUGAUGAUGCUGAUGAUGAAGAAGAAGAAGAGAUUGAAGAAUGUGAUGGUGAAGUUGAAAGUGGAAGCGAAGAGUUGGAAGCGGGAGGGAAAGAGAGGGAGGGCUCUCGUGUGAUGGGUGUGGGUUCUUCGUCGUCUUCAUUGCCGAGUCUGAGCGUGAAGGAGAAGAAGGAGCUGGCGUCGUACGCGCACAGCUUGGGUAAGAAGCUCAAGUCCCAGUUGGUGGGAAAGUCUGGUGUUACCGCUAAUGUGGUUUCUUCGUUCAUUGAAACCCUCGAAUCCAACGAACUUCUAAAGAUUAAAAUACACAGGACCUGUCCAGGGGAGCUAGAUGAUGUGGUCAAGCAAUUAGAGCAAGCAACUGGUUCACUGGUUGUUGGUCAAAUUGGUCGAACAGUGAUUAUUUACAGGCCCAGCCUCACCAAGUUGAAGGCAGAGCAGAAAAAGAUGCAGGCUCGGAAGGCUUUCGUGAGAAAAAUGAAACCCACAUUGCCGAAUAAAAGACAUGUACCAACACCAUCUGCACGUGGCCGUCGAGGAAGCAGCAGGUUUAAGCUCGAAAAUGACUUUUGAGGCAAUGCUUGUGUUGUGUUGAUACUCCAUGUUGAACUUUCGGUCCCAAUUUCGACCUCCAAUUAAAAUUAGCAGGGAAUCUGCGACUUUUGGUCAUUAGGAGGUGCAUGCGCCCAAAGAGAGACCCUCGUAGUUUGUAUGUUUCACGAUACUUGCAAUGCAGGUUAAAGAACAGUGAGGCAGCGGUAGGUUUUUUUUUUUUUUUUUUUUUUUUUUUGUGGGUGGGGGAGGAGUUGCAGCGUACAAUCCGAACUGAGGACGGGUUUUUGGUGUUAGCUCGCCCUUGCGGGAUCUUGACCUUUUGUGCCGGCCAUUGUAGCACUUGUGUCGUCCCGGGCAUGAUGACUUGAAUUAUGCUAAUUUCCUAUUUAUACAUUUUCAGUUGCUUCUGAAUUUUGAGAAUGAGGCUAGUUACCACGUUUCAAAGUGCAGAUGAAUCUUAAUGUCCCUCUUCCACCCAUGUAGUAUCAGAAAAGUGGAAUUAAUUUGAGUAAUUGCAAUUCUUUGCAUACUUAUUGAAUA